AUGCUCCGCUCUGGCUCGUUCGGUCCCCGCUUCAGCAAGGUGGUCGCAGUCCGUCAUUCAAUUGGGGGCAAGGCAACUGAAACGGUGAUGUCAAAGUACCCUAGUGAUUUUGUCGCCAUCAUGCACACUGGCUACGCAUACGAGAAUGCGGCUGGGGCUGGCAGUGUUGUUGCAACUGGAUUUGGAUCGCCGUGGGGUGUUAACCGUCUGCAACACCUACCUGAUGGCUACCUUGUGCCCAAGUCUGCAGAGGGUAUUCACAUUUGUUUCUUCAAGUAUCCCAAUUUCAAUCCCCAGAUCCUGGUGAUCCUCGGAGAGCACGACUACGUCGUGUGUGGGCAGUCUUGUGUCACGCCGCAAAACCUGGCCGCCCAAACCCUGGACACCGCGUAUGCUAGCGCUAAUCAGAACCUGAGCGAGGCGUGGAUCUCUCCAGGUGCUGAUUAUAUUUGUCACGCUCACUUAAAUGCGCCUGCUGUUUCGGCUGGAAUGGUCAAUUCGGUUAAGAACUUGGGCUGGAAUACUUGA